AUGAAAAACGAAAAGACAAAAGAAGCGGUGGCAACUCCCGUACCGCAGGCUCAGAAAGCGGAAAUCGCAACUGUCGAAUCUCCGCGGAAGCUUACAAGAGGAAUAAUAUUUAUUUAUCUGAGUGGAAUUGGAAUAAUUGGAAUAAGUCUAUAUCUCCAGAGAGAUGCAAUUAACCCUUGGAGCGAAGAGGGAGGUGACAUAAACGUCUUCAUUGCGUUGGCUUUACAAGCUGUACUUGUUUUUAAACUAUGUCUAGCCGGCUCUGUAACUCCUGCAGACUAUAUAAUCAGAGCAACUUCAGAGGCAAAACAAUUACUGAAGAAGACAGGCAGUGAGAUAAAAGAUUACAGUAAUAGAAUUGCUCAAACCGUAAAAACAAGAAAUAGACGAUGUUGGGAGUGGGUAAUCUUCUCAAGUGUAUCGUUAUUUGGAUCGUAUUUUAUGAUGUGGCGGGAGGAAGACGAGAGCAUGAUUCUUACAACGGUUAAAGUUGGCGGCAUCUUGUUUGUUAUUUGGUUAGGAAGAAAAAUUAUUUAUUCGUUUUAUACGCUCAAGCAUAGAGGACAAGUCAAGAAACUACAAUCUCUACAAAAACAAGCGGUUUCUAAAUUUGAAGAAUUUCAGAAAAUGGCUUGUCUCAGUGAAACCGCAGGAGUAAUCAGCGAAUUCAAAGUUGCAAUGUCACCGGGCACUGCUCCACAGCCCGUACAAGCGAAUCAUAGACCGCAAUCUUCAGGCAAGCCCACCGGGACAAAUCCAUCAAGCACGCAAACAAAGUCUUUAAACCUUGGGAAACCGGGCGUUCCCGUGCGUGUUCCUUCACCUGUUCAGAACGAAGGUGAGUCUGUCGGGUGGUUUACUAAGCUCGCUGCGGCGGUAAUUGGUAUCAAUUUGGAAGAGGAUUCGGAAGAUGACAGGAGUAACGAAGAUGAGAUUGUAAGAAAGGAAAACGGUGAAAAGGAAGUAAGCGAGAAUAUAGAAAAAAAGGAGGAAGAAAAAGAAGUUUUGCAGUGA